AUGUCGAACUUCGGCCGCAUAUCCGUCAACGCUGAAAUGUUUGAAGACGCCUGUAUAGUGUUCUUUUAUCGCCAUCGAAGCUUCUCCAACCAAAAUAAUAUGUUCAAAGAUCGCGAACGCUUCUUCGCCGUGUCAUUUAUACGACUUACAGAAGAAAAGAAGAAAGAGAAAAGGGAAUUUCGUAAGAAAAGACCUGUCCUGGCUGAUAUUACUCGUAGUUUGGUGGUUUAUAAGAUAGACUACAACAAACGCAGCAAUUUCACCAUGGAGGAACAUCUGAGCAAGGUCUGCCAGCAAUUGGCUUCGGACAGACGGGAUCUGCGUCCCGAAGCAGAGCGCGGCAAUAGAUGGGUGUCCACCGUAUUGUCGUCUCUACCGCGGAACGAGCUAAUAGUUUCUACAAAAUUCACUUCCACGCAGCUGACGCAAAGAGAGGAAAUCCUUAAUGUGUUCGAAUGGAAGCCUUUACAUGAACACGGUCAACUACAGCAGGCCCUGCGCAGGCUGCAAGAUGUCCCGGGCUCAGAACUCGUGAAAUUCCUUCACGAUAUACUCGACGCGCUCUUCUCAAUUUUAUCUCAGUUAGGGGAGAGAAAUGGUUUCUCAGAUAAUAGCUACUCUGUGCUGGUUUUAGACUGCCUACUGAAUGUAUUUUCGCUUUUGGGGGAGCAGAAGUUUUCUCAUUUCAAGCCGGUACUGCAAACGUACAUCGAAAACGAGUUUCGCUUUCCGUCAGCAUAUGAAGUACUUCUACCAGUUAUGGAGUGGGAGAUUGGGUUCUCAGAAAAAUUUUGUGAGGCUAGGCAGCGCUUACGGAAAUGUUUGAAGCAUUUUGAAAGUCUAAUGCAUAUCGUUGUGCGAUCACGUCUACUACACAUAAAGCUGGAACCUGUAAACAAAGAACCAGAAAUAAUUCCACCACUCAAGAAUUUCCUAGAGGCUGUCAUUUCACUGAUGGAGAGGACCAAAGCUGUGAACUUGGUGUACCAAGGGGAAGCAGUCAAAUCGCUUCCUACCGCACUUAGCCAUUUGGUGAAACUUGUGAGACCGGAAAAACUGAGUUGCUACAUUGUAUGUAUAUUCGACCGACUGCCUCUCAAUAAAAUACCAUGCUAUCGUCUGAAGGCUUACAUGUACCUUGUAAAUGGUCCCCUAGGCCAUUCUGCCGCGGCUAGAACAACCUUGAUCCCUCAUAUAACCCGAGCAACUUUGGGACUCCUAGAAAAAGAAACUGAGAUGAAGCUUUGCAUCGAACUAUUGGGAGAAAUGAUUAACUUGUUCGCUCGAAAAGACAUAGGACCAGUCGAGGAAGACAUGUGCGAUUUCGUUAGAGUGACCAUAAAAGUUCUACCACCAGUUGCAACGAAGAUGUUGGAACGUCGUCGUGAUAAUGAUUAUCCAAAAGAAGAGGACACUAUAUUGAGACAACUAGUAUGCACCAUUAUGGACCUAUUGAAGAAUAUGAAUGAAGAAUAUUAUAAAGAUACUUUGGUUUUGCCGUCUCAAUUCUCCGGGACCACCGAAGCUGAUCACUUGUCGAAUUGCUUUCAUCUUAUAAUGGAGCUGGUGGAACAGCAUCUAUUUCCUCCCCAUUGGGCUGACAUGCUACAUACCCUACAAUACGUUAUCUUGCAUACAUUAAGUUUGAUAAUAUUAAAACUUAUCCAAAAGCUGAACAAAUUGAAAGAUUCAGUAGAUGACAUUCAGGUGCUUCUUAAGAAAUGGUUUCAAACGGUCAGCAGUAUGACCAUUUCAACGACGUUACAGCUUGAAAAUCUAAGAUCGUCUCGACGAAAACGAGUCCUAGAAUUAUUUGGAGAUUUACGCAUCAAAGCCGCUACUAUGAUGUCUGAAACAUGGAAUAAUCUAGGUACAUACAAAUGUGGUUUUAUAGAAGACUUGGUUUCACCACUGCUACGCGUCAGCUUUUUACAUAAUGAUGACGUUAGAAAUAUAAUUAUACCAAUAAUAUUCGAUAUGAUGGUGAUCUUAUUUGAAGAGACUUCCAAAUCUGGAAAACCAAAUCUCGAAUUGAUAAAAGAGGUUCUGAUAAACGAAGUGGAAAAGCUAGUGAUUUCUGGAUAUGGCGAUGAAGAUUGGGGUAAAAGUUUCAUCAAAAUCUGCGGAGGAAUGUGCGUACAAGUUUCUCGCGAUUUUAUGCAGGAAGGCGGUAUUUUGGUGGCAGCGGUGGGACGUCAAUUGAAUUUCCUUAUAAAGUACCGAAGUGUGCCAUGUCACCAAAGAGUCCAUCUAAUUUCUAAUUUAUUGAACUUCUAUGAAGAGAUCGGUCGUCCUGAUAUGUAUCUGAGGUACGUUCACCAUCUUGGAGAUUUGCACCGUCAAGCCGGUAAUUGGACUGAGGCUGGGUUGACCCAGCAUUUGCACGCCAAACUUCUGGAGUGGAGUGAAAUACCACUGCCACCAAGCCUGAGACAUCCGUCACGGGAGUUUACGAAUAACCAUUUACAACUAAAGAUGAGCUUAUACGAAGAUGCCGUGGAAUUGCUGGCUCAAGGUCACCAGGCGAAGCUAGCUGGUUCUCUUCUCCAGGAGCUGGUGCCGGUACACGAGCGUAGAGGUCAUCACAGUCAGCUGGCUAUCCUUCACGAGAGGCUAAGCACGGUGUACCGAAAGUCAGCCGAGCAUCCGAUGAUCACUUCACCAUAUUUCAGGGUGCGAUACGUGGGUCUCGGCUUCCCGGAUUACUUGAGGAACCCGCUGGGCUUCGUAUACCGCGGGAACGAGUUCGAGCAACUCCAGGGGUUCAAGGAGCGCAUGUUGGAGGAGUGGCCUGACGCUGAGGUGAUGCUGAAGCUGGACGAGCCGGGACAGGACGUCACAGAAUCGGACGGACAGUAUCUGCAAAUAAACGCUGUGACAGCGGUGAUGUCUGAGAAGUGGAAUCAUCUAUUAGACUGCAAGGCCGAUGAAGACGUUAUUCGUUACUACGAGCAUAAUGAUGUUAACACUUUCCAGUUUGAUAGACCGUUCUAUCGUGGUGAUGACUCGCUCGUCUGUAACGUUGACGAGAACAAAUUGCCCUGUGAAUUCGCAACAAGGUGGUUGGAGAGAACUCGUAUCACUAUUUCUGGAAGAUUUCCAGGCAUUCUUCGAUGCUUCCCCGUUGAGUCUUCGGAAACCUUCUUCGUGUCCCCGCUAGAGCAUGCUGUUGAAGCCAUGGAGACCAGCAACAAGGAGCUAAAGCGGGCUAUAACAGACGAUAAAGACAAAGAAACUAUGGUCAAGCAUCUCACGUUGAGGCUAAAUGGCAUCCUCGACGCGAGAGUGCAGGGCGGUUUGGAGAACUACGAACGCACUUUCUUCACGGACAAGUAUCUGGCAUGCCAUCCCGAUCACGCGCCGCUGCUCCAGCGUCUCAGAGACCGGAUUGCAGAGCAAGUGCCGCUUUUGGAGCAAGGUUUGCAAAUAUUCGAAGUUCACGACAGUAGAAACGCAGAUCUUCACGCCCAUCUCGUGCAACGAUAUCUCACCGUGUACAGUCCAUACGGUGCUACGUAUUUCGACGAGAAAACGCAGCUGAGUAGCAAUCAGAUGGUUGUCGUCCGCCAGAGGUCGUCGAAGUCGGAUUCAAGAAGCAACAACCGCCUUUCAGAUGUGUCUUCAGGAAACGAGUCCAUAGUGUCAAAGAUGACUACAGUGACAAAGCGAAAUUUUAAUAAAAUGUCUUGGUUAAGGAAUACUUCGACUCAGACGAGCUCUCAGCGAAGACGAAAUAAAUCAAAGGAUAGCAAGCGCCAAUCGCGUCUCAGCAUACAAUACGAAAGGGAUUCUAUGUCGGCCAUGUCAGAUAUAGACGACAUGUUGGCUGAUGCGGACGCGUUGAUGUGUCGCCGCUGCAGCCUCAAAACCGCAGCGCUGCGGACCGCGCGCCGGCACUCGAGAGAGAGAAACUUAUCAUCGGAAUGUCUACUAGAUGACGUUUAGGAAUAGAAGGAAGAAGAAUAGUACUUAUAUCAUAUUGAUUUUUUUUUGUAUAAG